GAGACCCAGCGCCGCCCCGCCUCCGUGCCGGCAAACAAAUUCAAAUCGACAAAAUCGUUACUGCCUGAGAAUCGCCGUAGCUUGAGGCUUCGAUUCUGUGCGGCUUACUUCAAUCUUUCGGAGGAAGAGACGAGGAUACGUGUGCCGUCGCGAAAAUCAAGACUUUCCACGCGACUGACAAUGGCGACGAGAAAUCGGACGGCGGCCACGAUGAAGCAUGUAAACCAAGAAAAUAUCAAAAACAUAAAGCCUGCCAUGGUGGUUGUGCCAUCCAAAGGGAAAAGAGCAGCACUCGGUGAAAUAAGUAACAAAGUUAAUACAUUGAGAGGUGUUGAGCCCAUCGAUAGGAUUAAUUUAUUGCAAAAGAAGAAAGUGACAAUACCGAAGCGGCAAGCUGUGAAACCAAUAGCAAAUGCAAACGAGAAUCCACCAGUGCAAGUUGUAAAACCGGUUAUGAAGACAUCAUCUUCUAAUGUAGACAACAAGUCCGAAGUGGUCAAUGUACCAGCGGCUCCCGUUAGUCAAAAGAGAGAGGAGAGGAAUUCGUUUUCAACGGAUUUACUAAAGUUUGAAGACAUUGACGAACAGGACAAGGAGAAUCCUAUCCUGGUUUCUCUCUACACCAGUGACAUACAUGAGUAUCUAAGAUCAUUAGAGAAAAAGUUUCCUAUUAAGAAGGGAUAUUUAACGGGUCAGGAAGUCACCCCUAAAAUGAGAUGUGUACUGAUAGAUUGGUUGGUAGAAGUACAUCAACAGUUCCGACUGAUGCAAGAGACAUUAUAUCUCACGGUCGCAAUUAUCGAUCGUUUCUUACAGUCUCAUCGGACUAUAGAUAGGAAGAGAUUGCAGCUGGUAGGUGUAACAGCUAUGUUUAUUGCUAGUAAAUAUGAGGAAAUGUAUUCGCCGGAUAUAAGUGAUUUUGUAUAUAUCACGGAUAAGGCAUACUCCAAGGCAGAUAUAUUACACAUGGAAAUGAUCAUUGUGAAGAAUUUGGACUAUUCGUUCGGGCGACCAUUACCGCUGCAUUUUCUUCGAAGAUACAGCAAAGCUGGAAAGGCACUUCCUAUACAUCAUACGAUGGCCAAGUAUUUCCUUGAGCAAAGCUUGAUUCAUUACGAAAUGUGUCAUUAUCCACCUAGUCUCAUUGCUGCAGCAGCAAUAUAUCUAGCAUUUCUAAUUUUGGGUAAUGAAGAAGAAGAUGUAGGCAAGGUUAUUUGGACAGAUACUCUAGCAUACUACAGCACCUAUUCCAAGGACGAUGUGUUACCUGCAGUACGUGAUAUAGCUGCCAUAAUAAAUAACGCAGAAUCAAGUAAAUACCAAGCAGUGAGAAAGAAGUACGUCCAUGUAAAGCACAUGAAAAUUAGUGUUCGACCAGAGCUCAAAUCGCCAAUUAUGCUUUCCAUUUCAUCUAAAAGCAAUGAGAUACAAAAUUGAGUAGUAGAACUUGUUUGUGACCUCAUUACGAUUCUAGGAUGUUUUCAAUAAGGUAUUUGUCUGUCGCGCAUUAGAUGUCAAUGUCAAAACACAAUAUGAAUCUAAUUAUGGACAUUAUGGUUCAUGGAGGUCGCGUUUUGUAAAAGAUAAAUUAUGGAUAAAGUAAAGUGCUUUAUCGCAAUGUAAUAAAUGUCGCUAGACAUUUAAUGCACGAACUUCUUAUUGAAAAAUUCUCAUACAAAACUUCUCAUACAAAAGCUGAAAAGGAGACGUAUUUAUAAAUUAUAUACAAACAUUUGUUAACAUAAGCAUGAAAAUUUAAUCGGGUAAUACUGAUGAACUUCAUUUUGGACUGCCGUAGUGAAACUAGGUACAACAAGAAAACUAUAAAAAAAACAUAUCUUUUAUAAUGAAAUAUUAAAUAAAGCUUUUAGUUUUUAUUCCUAGCUGAUUAUAAUAAUAUUUUAAUUUUGAUAUAAGUCCUACACAGAUGCUUUUGAUGUCACCAUUUGAAAAUAUGUGAGUAUUCUAAGACAUAUUUCUUUUUUUUUUUUUUCUUAUGCUUUUAUAUUCAUAUUUUGUCAAACGUAGUCUAUCUUAAUUAGUAUAUGAGUCUGUCGUCUUUUGAUUACUAUUUUGAAAUAUAAAUUGGAUAAAAGUUGUAUUGUAUAGAAGGAAGAAGUGAUAAUUUUUUGGAAAUAUCAUAUAUCGCUUAGGAAAUUUUUAUCAAUAUAGUGAUAAAGGAGAGAAUAAUUAUAAAUUUUAUAUUACCGUAUCUUAUAAUAUGUAUAUAAAAUAACUAGUAUAUAAGUACUCGUGCAGGCUUGAAGCAUGAUAAAAUUUUAUAUUGUUAAGCAAUCCAAAUUUUAACAUUUCCAAAUUUAGAUAGUUUAAUAUAUGUAUGACUAUUUUAAGAUCAAAUACAAAUGGCUGCUAUAUUUAAGCCGUGUUUUAGUUGCAAAUUCAAUUAUAAUGAUAUAGAUUAAAUUACAAACUCUAUAUACACAUGCUUUGUAAAUAAAUAACUAAAUUACUA